CGGCAUAUACCAAGGGGAUUAUAAAAUGGCCGCUGAAAGCCCGGGAGAUAAAGUACCGGCGUCCUCCAAGGACAGUGCCUCCUCGGAGGUAAAGGAGGAGACGACUACAGCAAAUGAUUCACUACCACCUGCAAUGGAGUACUGCCCGCAGCCAUAUACAAUGCCGCCAUUUUCCGACUGGCAGACACAGAUGCAAACUCUGGCGGGACCCGUUGCAAGCUUCGGGGACUGCGGCGUCAUGAAUUACGGUAUACAUAACGUCAAUACCACGAGACACAUCUCGCCAGCAGCAUUCCAGCAAAUGGGUGACGUGUAUGGCGCAUAUCCACAAACAGCAGCUCAUGGGCCACGAAUGGUCUAUGGAUACGGAGCUAUUGGUCCCGCCCAAGUUGAUACAUCCUUCAACGCAAUCAAUGCACCCAAUAUGGGAUAUAUGGGAUUGCCUCAAGGGCGUUCCAUGUCAUUUUCCAGCCCAUUUACCGUGGGAGGCAGGUCUUCAUGCGGAGUCCAGCAGUACAUGGUACAGCACCCAAUGAUACAAUAUGUAGAGAAGCAUUUAUUCGGCGGCAAGAUGCCGCAGAAAAAAGUUAACCUCGCGGCAAACCCUAGGAGAAUUUCGGCACCGUACUGCAAAGAUAAAAGUUCCAGCAGAGAUAGUGGCAGCAGGUACAAGAACAGUAAAUUAGGGAGCAUCCUGGAAGAUGACAGAGCAAUGAUAGAUAUGGAGUACUUCAGGCUAUUGCACUCAAGGAUAGAGGCUUUAGACGAACUUGUUGCAAUGUCAAAGCCAAAUGUAGAGGUUGACCAGGAUUUCCUAGUGUCACUAGGUGGGUUGUACAAGGAAUUCAAAGUAGCAACCAAAGAGAUUACUAUCAAACUUGAAACGCACCAAAAGGAGCUCGAGGAACUCUAUUCCCAAAUGGGUCGUAACAUACCGACAAAACAGACAGAACCACACAAGUCAUCGGAUGCAUCAUUGUGGAACUCCGCACUCAAGGAGAUGGACGACUUCCAGGGCCUUGUGGUUGGGGAACAUCGUGAAAAGCGGAGAAAGUACAAGCAAGUGGUGGCGUCAGCAAUUAAGCAUACAUCCAAGAUACAAUCGCGAAGGGCAACGUUGGAGCAGGAAGAGCUGCGUAAUAAAAGGUUAUCUUGCAAGAAUGUAUGCAACAUGGUGGCAGUGUACUGGAAGAAAAUUGAAAAGUUUGCAUGGGAACGCAUGAAACGAGAUUUACAGGCGACUCUACUGGAAAAGAAACGGUUGAGGUUGGACAAAUUUGUUGAGGAUGCAAUUAAGCUGUCGAUCAACCAAAAUGAACGUAUCCGCACCAAAAGGAGAAUCAAGACAGAGGGCUCGGAUGUGAAAAAGGAGACUACGGACACCCACAAGCGCGGUAAAACUAACGAUGGCGCUGCUGUGAACGUGAAAAACGAUGACGUACCAGCUGACGACCAGGAUGAGUUCAUUGUAUCAGAGGAAAUGAAACAAAUGGAACGUGAUGAUGCAGAGCUGGAGGUUGCCAUGGAGCGUGAGAACGAGGCGCAGGACUACAAGCAGGAAAUAGGAGCACUGGAAGAUGACUUGAAUAUGCCAAUAGAGGAGAUUUUAAAGCGGUACCAAGAGGAUGCCGCUAAGUAUGCAGCUGAAUACCAGGAAACAUCCACGCCAGGCGAUGUGGGUUCACCGAUUACAGAUAGUGAUGAGUGUCUGGAUUCCACGGAGUCAGACUCACAGGAUCCCAAUGACGCCACUUCAGGUGGUAAUUUCAAUGUAGAUACCAAGGAGCCACAGUCACUGGAGCUAGACGAUGAGCAGGAGUUUGAUAUCGGCGAGGAUAUGUACAAAAAGCAGGAAAUGGAAGAUGAAGCGCUUGACCAAGAUAUGAGUAGCGACUCUGAUGAUGACACGAAACAGCAACAAGAGAUCCAUGCCUUGCAGAAUGACGCUGAAAUGCCAAUAGAGCAGUUAUUAGAAAUGUACAAAAAAAUGGAAAACGAUCACAUGGAUAUCCAAGAACUACCAAGUCCCAGUUCAACGCAUGAAGUGGCUGGAAGCAAUAGUGACCCACAGGAGCUAUCUGCAGUGUCGUCAGACGAUAGUGAGAAUUCACCAAGAGAUAGUGUGGCAUCAGACGAUCCUGAUGAAGUACAGGUACCAUGCCUUAUCAGGGCUGUGCUGAGACCGUACCAGCUGGAUGGACUCAGGUGGUUGGCGUCACUCUAUCGCAACAAGUCAAAUGGAAUAUUGGCCGAUGAAAUGGGUUUGGGCAAGACCCUGCAGACAAUAGCGCUGCUGGCGCACCUGGCAUGCGACCAUGGUAAUUGGGGACCGCACCUAAUAGUGGUACCAACGUCAGUAUUGCUCAACUGGGAAAUGGAGUUCAAAAAGUUCUGCCCGGGGUUCACCAUACUGUCGUACUAUGGGACACCCGCUGAACGCGCAAAGAAACGUGUAGGAUGGAACAAGGAAUAUGCCUUUAAUGUCUGUAUUGUGUCCUACGCCACUGUUGUACAGGAUGCACAUAUACUCAAGCGCAAGAGUUGGGUUUAUAUGGUACUGGACGAAGCACAGAAUAUAAAGAACUUCCAUUCCAAGCGGUGGCAGACGCUGUUAACGUUUAAUACCCAGGGAAGACUCCUGCUCACGGGAACGCCACUGCAGAACUCACUACAGGAAUUGUGGUCGCUGAUGCACUUUAUCCUGCCAGAUAUAUUCACCUCGCAUAGCGAGUUCAAGGAGUGGUUCAGCGACCCGCUGACGGAGUCUAUCGAAAAGGAGCAGACUGGCGCUACAGGGGCUAUAGUGGACUCCCAGACAGCACAGCUAGUCAAGAAGCUGCAUACAGUGCUCAGGCCGUAUCUACUCAGGAGGCUCAAGAAGGAUGUAGAAAAGCAGAUGCCGUCGAAAUACGAGCACGUUAUCAAGUGCUAUUUGUCACGGCGACAGAGGAUACUGUAUGAUGAGUUCAUUACCAGUAGGAGUACCGUAGAUGCCAUGUCUAACCCAAGCUAUAGGUCAAUGCUAUUUGUGCUGAUGCAGCUCAGGAAGAUAUGUAACCACCCAGACCAGUUGCAGCCGAGACCAGUGGAAUCACCAUAUUACGACCCAGGUAUGAUGCAAGAUGUGGUUAUACCCUCAAUGAUGCUGUUGGAAGACCGUAAACAUGACCAAAGACUGUACAAGUAUGAAAUAAUAUCGUUCUACCGGAACCCACCCAAUUCGCUGCCAGUGUCAAUUGGUUUAACAGGAAAAAUAGAACGAGUAGCUACACCAGUGUCAUUUGUGCGCUCGUACCAGGGAUUAAAGGUCCCGUUCAACAGGUUGUACAGUGAAAAUGAUAAUGGGUACCACAAGAAGCUAGUUCAUUUACCAGUAGUGGAUAGAUUGCCGAUAUCAAAGUGCCUAUCCAGCAAGAGAUCUGGAGGACGAAGGAAGCUGCGAUUAUGUAACCAACUUAUAAAUCGGAUGUUAAAGGUACGUAGCUACGAUCCAGUCAAUUAUCUAUCAAAUUGGCGACGAUAUGUCUCUUCUGGUAUGGAACCAGUGAAAUCUAGGGUUAUAACAGACACGGGCUCUAUAAAUCACCCAGCGGAUCCGAUGAAACUAGGCGAUGGAGCCCCUGGACAAACAGCUACAGAGAACGCGAUUAAUGGUGGCAGCAAUAUCGGUGUCUUAGGGGGACUACGUGAGGACACUCCAGAUAGAAUGUCCAUGACAAGGCCUAUUACCACGAUUGGGUAUUCCGGGGAUCGGGAUGUGCAAGUAUUGGAUAUUGCGGACCUAGGGGGAACCACUAAGUUAAAUGAAUAUAUUAAACAGGCGAAAUCCAAGAACAAGGAUACACUUGUUAACCGUCGAGAACUACUGGAAGUAAAUGAACAGGGAAUCUUAAACCUAUUCAAAGUAGAUAAAAGACCAAAACCAAAAGUGGAGUUGUUUGCCGAUUUAGUCCAGCCUAGCGCAGAUGAUAUUGCAGAGAAGUAUUGGUGGAUCAUGUCAAGGUUCGUAUGUACCACAGGGAGACCAGUUCAAUGCGUACCCAGAAAAGUAUUGAUAUCAGGAACAAAUGGAGUAGCGUUAAACCAAAGUAGAGAGUUACGUGCAAGAAAAGCGCAGAAGAAGCUCUCGAGGCCCUUUAUAAGGUCAAACUUUAUGGAUAAGACCGUGACCAUGGAAAUGACACCGGGGCUACAACGGAUUCUAUUCCCACCGAGAAAUCUACUACACGAUGAUUGUGGUAAAUUCCUGGUACUAGGGAAUUUGCUAAAUAAAUUAAAAAACGAGGGACAUAGAUGUCUGUUAUAUACACAGUUCUCCAAGAUGUUGGACAUACUGGAAAACUGGAUUAAUCUCAUGGGUUUCACCUACAUCAGGCUAGAUGGCUCCACAAAAGUUGAUAUGAGGCAGCGCAUAGUCACGAGAUUCAACGAAAACCAGAAGAUUUUCUUAUUUAUAUCGUCGACCAGAGCGGGUGGUGUGGGUCUAACGCUAACGGGAGCUGAUACAGUCAUAUUUUAUGAUACUGACUGGAACCCAGCUAUGGAUAGACAGGCCAUGGACAGAUGCCAUAGAAUAGGACAGACACGAGAGGUUAACGUCUACAGACUUAUUAGUGAACAUACAGUUGAAGAGAAUAUCUGGAGAAAGCAGCUGCAGAAGCGCAGACUAGAUGAUAUCGUAGUGGAUAAGGGUAACUUCGAUACAGAGACACAUACAUGGUUCUCGAAUGUAGAUACACUACUGAAUAUACUAAAGGAGCAGGGUAGCAGUUCUUCGAGCAACAAUGAUGAUAUAUACGGCAGAAAGGUGCUACACGAGUCGGAAGCACCGGUUGUUGAGGCCGCUACCACAGAGAAGACAAAAUCGCGAGUUGUCAAUAUGUUGGCUGAAGCUGAAGACGAAGAUGAUGCCAAUGCGCUUAAGAGCCAUCACAACGAGCUCGGAUCUGGGACUAAAGACUUCCAAGAUUUCCAAUCGGAUAUCAUAUCCUCAAUGCCUGCGUUGGUGGCAUAUUCCAUCAAGCUGUUGCUACGAUUCAAUACGCCUACACUCAUCGCGCAACGUGAUGAAAUGCAAGUUAAAAUCAAGGUUGCCUCCAUAGAUUCCGAUUACGUAAGUUCGGAUUCGGGUGAUUCGUCUUACUCCGGCACUGACUCGGAUAGUAGUGACCCCGAAGUAGAAGAGUAAUGAUAUAUGCACUAUAAGACCCGGUAAUGUGGUAUUACUAGACAAUCUAUGAUAUGAGUU